AUGGAGAAGAUCACGGACAAGAUCGCCGCUCUGCCGGCAGACGCCAACUACUUCUCCCUGGAGUUCUUCCCGCCCAAGACGGCAAUGGGUCUUUCCAAUCUACGCGACCGUCUGGACAGAAUGGAGAGGGCGCUGCGGCCUCUUUUUGUCAACGUCACCUGGGGAGCCGGCGGAUCUACCUCCACAAAGUCUCUGGAACUGGCCGAGAUCUGUCAGAGAGAGCUGGGCCUCACCACCUGUCUUCAUCUGACAUGCACCAACAUGAGCCGCAAGCUCAUCGAUAAGGCUCUGGAGGACGCAAAGGCACUGGGCAUCCGGAACAUCCUCGCCCUGCGAGGCGACCCGCCGCGGAAGAAUGAGUACCGGGACACCGAGGACUCUGAGACUGAUGAUGCCGAGGAUUUUGUGUGGGCCGCCGACCUGGUCAAGUACAUUCGCAAGAACUACGGCGACUACUUCUGUAUAGGAGUCGCGGCCUACCCAGAGGGACACGCAGACGAGAGCCAUCCCCAAGGACAGAGCUUCGAGCACGACCUGCCGUACCUGGUUGACAAGGUCCGGGCUGGCGCGGACUUCAUCAUGACCCAGCUCUUCUUCGACAUCAAGGCCUACGAAAGCUUUGAAAAUACCUUAAAAGAGCACCCCAGCGGCGCCUUCAAGGACAUCAUCCUCCUCCCCGGCUUGAUGCCCAUCCAGAGCUACCAAAUGAUCAAGCGGACAACCAAGCUCAGCCAUGCCAAGAUCCCCGACAACCUCAUGGCCCGAUUGGACGCGGCCAAGGGCGACGACGAGAAGGUCAAGCAGGUCGGUGUCGACAUCCUCAGCGAGCUCGUGGAGCAGGUCAAGGAGAUCAAGAGCAGGACGCCCGGCCCCAAGGGCUUCCACUUCUACACUCUCAACCUCGAAAAGGCUGUGUCCUUUAUCCUCGAACGGACAGGCCUCAUUCCCGACCCCAAGACCGAGGACGAAGAAGCCAUCAUAGACGACGGCCCGGGCGUCCCCGUCUCCGUUCCCGCAGUCCAGCUCAACGGCCUGUCCCCAGUGCCGCACGCCACCCGCACCCUCUCCGGCGGACGGCGGCCAUCGUCAAUGGGCUCAGACCCGCACAACCGCAUCAUCGUCUCCGGAUCAGCUUCAAAUCCCGCCUACGAGACGACGACCGCCGGCCUGAUGGUCUCGGAACCCGUAAACACCCGCGCCAACACCCUCGCAAUCUCCGAGGGCGUCGGCGCAGUAGGCCGCGAGGCGACCUGGGACGACUUCCCCAACGGCCGCUGGGGUGACGCCCGCUCCCCCGCCUACGGCGAGAUCGACGGCUACGGUGUCAGCCUGCACAUGUCCGUGACGCAAGCCAUCCGCCUCUGGGGCACACCCAAGACGGUUCAGGACAUUAACAACAUCUUCAUCCGCCACAUCAAGGGCCAGCUCAACGCCAUCCCAUGGUCGGAGGAGGAGCUCCUCCCCGAGUCCAACAUCAUCCAGCAGGAGCUCCUCGAGCUCAACACCCGCGGCUGGUGGACCGUUGCCUCCCAGCCCGCCGUCAACGGCAUCCCCUCCCGCGACCCGACCUUUGGCUGGGGUCCCCAGCACGGCUUCGUCUUCCAAAAGGCCUUUGUCGAGCUGUUCAUCCCCUCGUCCGACUGGGCCGGCCUCGUCGCCCGCCUCAACGAGAUUACGGACAACACAAUCUGCUUCUACGCUGCCAACGGCGCCGGCGACUUUGUCUCCUCCGACGCGAGCGGCGGCCUCGUCCUCGAGGGCACCGAGGCGAGCACAAACGCCGUCACGUGGGGCGUCUUCCCCGGCAAGGAGAUCAUCACCCCGACCAUAAUUGAGGAGGUCAGCUUCCGCGCCUGGGCCGAGGAGGCCUUUAAGAUCUGGGGCGAGUGGGCCCAGGUCUACGGCAAGGGCAGCGAGAGCGAGGUGCUGCUGGAGCGGAUAAGCUCCGAAUACUGGCUCGUCAACAUUAUACACCACGACUACGUCGAGAGGGGUGCGCUGUGGAAGUUGUUGUCGGGUGAGAAGGAGAUCUGA